AUGAGCCUCCUCCCAUCUACCACCUACCAAACUCCGCCCCGGCUGGGCCGUGGACGACAGCUUAAUACUAUUCUCGAGGAAAAGGAAGACGCAAGCCAGGGGGUGAAAAGCGACAGUGAGGGGGAUGGGAGCGAUUCGACCGUGAUAGGCCGGCCGGCGGCAUGGGAUCCGGCUCUUUUUACUGUCAGCGCUCGCAAGAGCUCUCUCGCCAAAUCGACCUACGCGUCCUCACCGAUCUCUUCUUGUGGACUCUCCCCCGCCAGCAGCGCUGGCGAAGGGUAUCGACGAGAUUCAGCCCGCAGUUCUCUCGCUGGUAGUGACUCGGGCACAGUAUUCAGUGACGACUGUCCGUCUCUAGCCAGCGACCCGACGAGCUUUGCAUCCGAAUCCAGCAGAAACAGCUUUGCCAGCGACAAGUCCGGCCGGAACCGCUAUCCUGCUCUGGUCAUACCCAGAGACUCAUGGGGGUCGAUGGAUUCGAGUCCGAUCAAGGAGAUAACCUUCGGGAUGUCUCCUGCCACGAAGAUUCGGCUCUCGCCCAGUGCACUUUCUGCUCUCCCCAGAGAUGUCCCCGCGAUCAACGCCCCGCCCUCGCUCGGAGACAGCAACAGUUCGAUCUCAGAUUCCCCUUGUAAUGCCGAGACCAGUGCCCCCGUCACUCCGGACAUGAGACACCUCGAGGUGGCGGAAGGAGAAAGCUGGGGAGGUCCGCCGGCGGCCAAUCUCGAAUCACAGCCUCUCGAAAUAGCGCUCGACGACGGUCACAGUGUGAUCCUGUCGCCGGCGGAAGCACACUCCAGCAAUCCGUUCGGCACCCUGGCGUCACCGGCAGCUUUCACUGAGAUGAUCGUCAGUUUCCCGACGGUGCCCGGCGGGACUCCACAGGAUCUGUCACCUCUCAUGCCGUCUCUGGACGAGCUCAAGAAAUUCGAGGACAAACCGCCGUCCAAUGGAUCCGACUUGGGGGUGAGGCUCCCUCCAGAGGCCUUGCAACUCCUGCAGCUCCUGGCCGGGCAGAAAAGCAGGGACGACGUGUCGACGAGUUCUGGCAGUUCACGGCCGUCAAAGAAAUCUGGGAGACGACAAGAAAUGCGUGAACGCAACGAGCCCGAGCCCAUCAGUCGACCACGCAGCGCCGACGGAGAGACUCCCGUGUCCGACUACAGCUUCUCGCAGCUGAGCAUCCCGUCGCCGGGCGGCUUCUUUUCUUCGCUGCAGAAUGGCUCGCGACACACCUGGUGUCUUGCCAAACCCAAAGGACCCAGUGUACCCAGCACCGCCACCGCAGAGAUGUUCUACAAUCGCCCUUGGGAGGCCAGCUCAAAGGACAACGUCGUGGAGACGGUCCUGACGGUAGAAGAUACCAAUAUGACCGAAGGCCCGCCGACAGCCAAGCAGGCCACCUUUGAUCUGGCACCGCCAGGGAAACGGAAGAGCCAGCAGUCCGAAGACGACGACUUGUACGGACCCCCGAAGCCACCGGAAGUGGUGACGGUAAACUACGAAUACGACGAGAAGUACUACGAUGAGCUCAGGAAGACCGCCGGCCAGAAUCUGGACAGGACGGGAUCUUGGCUCGCCGCACAAACAGGCUACUUGUCGGCGAUCCUGGACUCCGACCCGAACGAGGAGCCACCUGACAGUACUGAACCUCCCGAUGACAAGGGCGCCAAGGGAGCAGUCCGUCGGACGGUCAUGUUCGCUGACAAGGCCACGAUCGACACAUCUGUGGUAUUGGUGGAUGCCGGACCGGAGAAGGGCAGUCCCGAUAGCGAACCGGAAACCAAAGAGCCCAUCUUCCUCUCGGCCUUCCAGCAUCUCGUUGCCGUCCGCAAGCGCCGGGACGCCUUCAUCCACUCCUCAUCCCGCCUGGACGCGAUACAAGCUAUGCGCAUUGCCCUGCCGGAGAAGCACAUCAGCAAUCUCCUUGGCCAGCACACCCUAGUCGACCCAGCACGGCCCAAGUAUUCCGGUCCGUUCAGCCAAAAUCCUCGACAGACUGGCGUGUUUGAACGCACGACCGAACAAAUUGCCUACCGAGUCGUCGAGCGCGAGCAGCUUGCCCUUGCAUCGAUCGAGCCGUCCAAUUGGCAGAUUGAUGCCCUACGGGCAGUGUUCAAUGGCCGUCUGCUCGCUUCCGAGGCUGCGUGUCAAAGGCUGAAAACCAAAGCCACGAUUCCGUUAGAUGAUCCUGCAUGCGUCGGGAGCAAGCGGCUCCGCAUCCUCGACCUGGGCGGCACAGCGUCUGCGUCGUGGGCGUGGAACGCGGCUCUGGAGUGGCCGAAUGUGAAAGUCUACACCGUCAUCACCAAGGAUCAAGCACGGUCUCAACGGCCCGCGGACAUGGCCAAGCCUGAAGCGCCAGUAAACCACCGCACCAUCUCCGUCCCGCACCUCUGGCAGCUGCCCUUCCGAAGCGGCCACUUCGACGUCAUCUCGGCACGCUCGCUGCACGUCCUCCUCAAGAACAACCCUGUGCCCGGCGUGCCCGAGAUCGACGAGUGGGAGCUGACUCUUCGAGAGUGUAUGCGGGUGCUGAAACCGCACGGGUACCUCGACUACAUGAUCAUGGACUCCACCAUCGCCCACGCCGGGCCCAGGGCAGAGACCAUGUCGGUUGAAUUCGGGUUCGAACUCCACCGGCGUGGCUAUGAACGCGAAGCGGCCCGAAGCUGGCUCCGACGCUUGAAGAAAGAAGGCUUCAUCGGCGUCAAGAGAGCGUGGAUGUUCAUGCCCAUGGGACGAAGACCACCCAGCGAGACAGAAGAGCAACCCAAUGGAUACACGGGAGGCUGGCAGACGUGGCGACAAGGAGGCAAGCCCUUCGUCCCCGCGCCGCGUCCCAUCAGCGAGGUCUCGACCAUCAGCAAGAUCGUCAAGCAGUACAUGGACGUGGAGGCCGUGCAAGGCCCCGUCGGCAGCACGCAGGAUGUCGCCGACCUGACCGGCCUCCUCGGGGCGCGGAUGUGGGAGGAGUGGCUGGUCAAAGUGCGGGCGGAGUCCGGACGCGAACAGAGCCGGUGGCUCGAGGGCGUGGACGAGGUGAUCGAGGAGGGCAAGGAGCAAGGCUCCGGAUGGAAAGUGUUGAUCGGUUGGGCAAGGAAACCGAAGCCGCCCAAGUCGAAGAGGAGCGAGCGGGCCGAGAUCACGGUGGCGGUCGAAGAUCUGGCCGAGUUGAGCCCGAUCGACGAGUCCAUGGAGAUGGGCAUGAUUCCCAUGGUGAUUCAAGAAUGA